AUGAAGGAUCGACCGGAUACGGAGAAUAAAGAGACGACCUAUCACUUGAAAACAUGUUUGCAAGCCGACCAAAAUAAUGUUAUCGCACAGAAGUUGCAAAAUGCUUAUCCAGAAGUAUGCAAAGAUGGUAUGGGAUUAUGCACCAAGGAGAAGGCAGAUAUGCAGGUCGGAAGUCUAGUGUGCAAGGCUCUAGUGUUCAGUACUAGCAGAUCAGACCUAUUCUGCCUUUUGAACUGUCGAAAAAAAACUGGACAGACUUCUGGAAAUGAACGUUAUAACGCCAAUAAUGGGAAUAGCAUAGCGCAUGGGCAGCUCCCAUAUGUAUGUAAAGACUUUUCAACUGGACUCAACGGAUCAUUUGAAUCGUACGAUUACUCUUCGCCGCUACCAGAGGACAUUUUGGCGUCUCUCAACGGAGAAACA